AUGCAGAAAUUGCGCGAUUCCUUACUAAGCUGCUCGCCGAAAGGCUUGGACGACAUAAAGGCGACGGAUGAGAUCCUUCAUGACCAAGAAGACGUCCGCAGAUGUAUCGCUCGAGGUGAAUUGGAGGAGGUUCGUGGAGCCGCCUUUUUCAAUCGAACAUGGAUUGUCACUGAGCGGUACUGCGAUAAUGGAGACGGGGUGGAUUCUCUUGUGGGAUACGUUCAUAACAUCUGGUAUUCAUACUACCAACUUAGCCGACACACAUCGCAUGACACAGCCGAACAUAACAGCCUGGUCCUGGAUCUCAUUCGUAUCCAGGGGCAAGGUCCAUUGACGAGACCUGUCAGGGGAGAUUAUGGAAUCGAUAUUGCACGCACAGUUGAAGGCACUUUGUGGAAUGACUUGCCGUUCUUGGUGACUGAUAUGACCGAGUUCUGGCUCAACGACUCCGCAUCGAUGGCGGGUAGCCAGCGUCUGAACUACGCAUCUUUCCUGGCGAAGCUGGCGUCAACACGCGUCAGCAAAGAUCGAUUGUGUCAGAUCGCCCUGAUCUUGUUUCGUGAUCUCUUCGAAACCCGCCAACAAGUCUACCCCUUUGGUGAACCGGACAACGAGAGCCCCCAAAGGAGCCACAAAGACCUACAAGUCCAACAUCUCAUGCCUUCUGUUCAUGAGUGGACCAAAGAGGCUGGAAAAAACAUUCUUCUGCUCUCAGAGGUGUCUUGGAAUGACUGCCCCAGUACCAUUGCGCAUGGUGGCCCGUUGUUUAUUGAGUCUGAGUUUGGCAGACAGCAUUCGGCUGGGUUCACCCCAUGGAGAUGGAUGUUUUGGCUCAAGCGACUUCAUGAGUUUCGGGAAGAAGCGAAAAGGGUCCAAGAGAAGGGUGUUGAGGAGCUGUGCAAUGACACCAUUCGCCGUAUGCUUUCCGAGACUAAGACUCGAAACUCGGAGAUCUUACGUGCAUAUGUGUCUGGCGGGGAGUGGCUACAGCGAGAGAAAUAUCUGAGAUGCCUUCAAAAAAUUGCGGAUGGAGAGGACUCCGAUGAGGGCGAGGUUUUUGAGGACGAUGAGGACAAGAGCAAAAGCAGCUGA